GAAGAGUUGAGCUUUUUGACACAUCCCCCAAUAUAGAUUUUGCAUUCGCUAUUACAUAUGCAUUGGAAUUUGGUGGAAUAAUCUCAAAUUCCAGGCUGGAAUUUCCAGUAGUAAUAAACUAAACCAAUAAUCUAAAUUGUAAUUUUAUAACCUUAGAAUAAUAGUGAACAGUAGUGCUUUUUUAGAUUGGACGACUUAAAUUAUUUGGUAUUUUGAUUGAAUCAUAAAGAAGAGACUCUCCGAGAAGAUCAGAAAUCCAGCUGAUUUGAUUUUAUGACUUUGCUAUGGAAUCGUCAUUGGUGAUUUGUUAUUCAUGCAUCAAUGUGUCAUGAUUUUACAGGAUGUCGACAUGGGUUGCUGUUUUUGUUAGAAAUGACUUAUUCUAACCUCUGUGAUUUUACUGAACAAAAUAACAAGGGCUUCUCCUCACAUAUAUGACAACUGGUCAUGAUGGAGUGGGGUCGGUCAAGCGCACCAAUGGGCGAUGCGCACUUUGGGGUCACGUUCUACACUUCCAGCCAACGUCAGGAUACAUGUGGCACCAACGGCCUUCCCGUUACGCCCAAUAGUAUUAGAAUCCUGGGGAGAUCCCAGUACCUCAAGGCACUCGCCCACCCAAACCUCUCCACCUACGUGGACAUUAUUAGGGGGAAAAGUGAGAGAGUAAUAAUAGUUGCGGAAUACUAUGAACAAAAUAUUCACAAAUUGCGCAAGUUGGAAGGAGAAAUUGACUUUCAAUUAGCUAACAAAAGGGCGUUAGAAAUAGCAGCAAAUGUUUUAUCUGGAUUAACAUAUCUAAACCAUCAUGGGAUCGUGGUUCGAAAUAUUUCUCCGGAAACGAUUUUAGUCUGUCCAGACGGUUCAGUCAAGCUCUUCAAUUAUGGCUUGUACCACAUGACCAAUUGUGGAAAAUAUGUCGCAUUUCCUAUCGGACAUCCGAAAUAUACGGCUCCAGAAGUGCUCCGAUCAGGAAUGAAAACAGGACACAAAUUAUGUUCGUGUGACGUUUGGUCGCUUGGGAUCGUUUUGAUUGAGUUUUUAACGAGGACAGAACUCUGGACCGGUUUUCGACUACCCAAUCUAAUCAAGAAGAUCUUAGAUUUAGGAAAUUCUAUCAGUAUUUUAGACACUAUUCUGGAACAACAUGGUUUAUCAAACUUACAUGAUGAAAUUAGCUACCCAGUUAGAAGACUAAUUGAAAAAUGUCUGGAAAUUGACCCAAUCAAAAGGGAAUGGCCUGAACAAUUAUUGAAAGACAAUACAAUUUUUUCUACACAAAAUGACAAUGAAACAGGUUGUGCCGAGAAUGGAAUCCAACAAAAAAAAUGUCCCGAUUACCCAACAGGAUAUUACGCAGACAAGUUCCUACGUUCCUCUAAAUUACUUGCCUUGGAUGGAAUUCAAAACAUUGCUGAGUUGGAUGUAUCAAAUCUGGAACAAUUUGGAAGAAUCCUACCAACUAAUCCUUUAACUGAAAGAAAUAUGAACGAAGUUUAUUAUUUGUGGCAACGAGCGGGUGGAGAUGUAAUGGCAGAGUUGAAACGCCAAGGUUUAACAAGGAAAAAACCUGCUGUGUUAUCUUUACCUCACUUGAUGACUCUGGAAGGUUUGACGCACGGAAAGACGAAAGAACGUGGUCUCCUGUUGGACUCUACGGUCGUCAUCCUCCCACUGCACGAGUUAAAGAAAAGGCUCAAUGAUAUUCCUCCGUCGGAUUUCUAUCCACUCGUUGAAUUUUCAAUACCACACUUGAAAUCUGACAUUUCAGCGAACAAGGAGUGCGCCGGACUUCCACUAAUUAUUAGAGAGAGGGACAUAGAGUACCAAUUUCAUAGAAUUAUAUUGUUUGAUAGAUUACUGAAGGGUUAUCCGUACACGAAAAGUAGAAUUUAUAAGGAAUCACUUCAGGACAUUCCACCCUAUUUCAGAGCACAAGUGUGGUCUUGUUUACUGGACAUUAGGGGUGACAUUGAGCAUAUUUAUGAUUGCAUUGAUAAGGAAACUGCAACAUCAACGGAUCGCCAGAUCGAAGUGGAUAUUCCACGAUGCCACCAGUACGACGAAUUGCUAUCAAGUCCUGCAGGACAUGACAAAUUUAAACGUGUUCUCAAAGCGUGGGUUGUGAGCAACAAGGAAUAUGUAUAUUGGCAAGGACUGGACUCUUUAUGUGCUCCAUUCCUUAACCUUAAUUUUAACAAUGAAGCAAUGGCAUAUGCGUGCUUAUCUGCCUUCAUCCCUAAAUAUUUGUACAAUUUCUUUCUGAAAGAUAAUGCUGUUAUAAUUCAAGAGUUUCUUUGUAAAUUUUCACAACUAAUUGCCUUCCACGACCCUGAGCUUACAAAUCAUUUGGAUUCCAUUGGAUUUAUUCCAGAACUUUACGCCAUUCCUUGGUUUUUAACAAUGUUUUCACACGUGUUUCCACUCCACAAAAUCUUCCACUUAUGGGACAAGUUACUUCUCGGCGACUCUUCAUUUUCACUAUGCAUCGGCCUUGCAAUUUUAUAUCAGUUGCGUGAAUCUCUUCUAAGUUCUGGAUUUAAUGAAUGUAUUCUUCUCUUCUCUGAUAUGCCAGAAAUCAGCAUUGAAAAAUGUGUACAAGACUCUGUAGAAAUAUAUUGUAGCACCCCAAAAAGUGCCAUUCGCCGAAAGAAUGACCCGCCUGUCCAUUACGCUUCUUCGUAUUCGGAUUCCAAAAUGUAUUCAAAAGGUGGGGGAAGCAGCAGCAGCUUUAAAGACAAUGGGAACAGGCCGUUCGCAAUUUCAAGAAAUAAUACCAACCAUUAUAAUGUCCUUGAUGCUUUGAAAAUGGACCCAAUUCCUCUUCAUGAGUUGAAGCUAGAAAAAUGUGCUCGCAUUAGUGGUGAUGAUUUAUUGAACCUGCUAGAUUUGAACAGAACAAAGUUUCAAAAGCCAAAAAUUAUUGUCAUUGAUGUUCGGAACCAUGAAGACUAUAAUCGUGGUGCUAUUCCUGGAAGUAUAAAUAUUCCUUACUCAACGGCAUUUUCUACGCAGGACGGUUCUCUUUUGCCGUCAUCAGAAACAAACUCUCUCAAUGCAAAUCGAGGUAAAAUAAUUGCAGUGGUAGGAAAUCGGGGAGAUUCUGCUGUCAAGUUUGCGGAAGGAAUCCUCAGACUGGGUUACCCUAGGGUGUGUGUACUACAUCGUGGAAUUGACAUUUUCAGGACUUCCAAUCUUCUUGUAGUCCCUGCGUCUAUUUAAAAUAAAUUUUAAAUGCAAUAUAUGUGAUUCUGCUCCUAAUGAUUCGCAAGUCUAGUCUAAAUUUUUUCAUUGGAAUAUAUUGUGAAUAAUUUAUACGCGAGUCGUAAAUAAUUGUAAAUGCCAGUCAUCAUAAUACAUAUAUGCAAUCCACAAUAAACAAAUUAGAUCUUAUUUCCCAUUUUAUACUACUCUAACAUGGUAACAUUUUGAACACGAUAAAUUUGGUGGGUGAUUAGGAUAGGAUACGAACAAUCAAAUGAUGUACAAUAUAAAAAGUAUUAAAUAUAAAA